AUGCCCCAACAACAGCAAGAGGGAAGCUUUGUGCUGACUGCAGCACUAAAAGGACUUGGAUGUUACACCUUCCUUGUUCUUGUUAUCAUUCAUUUAUUUGUCGCCUGGAAAUGGGAGACUACAGUCCUGGAGGACUUUGUCCUGAUCGAGUAUUACAAUGAUCCACUUCCCACUCCGCCAAAAGCGAUAAAAGGAGGGCCAUCGGAAGACAGUCUGAUGGAUUUCCUGCAAGACACACAACAAGAAAUCAAAAAUUAUAAUGACGAUGACACGGCAGAUCAAGUCGACAAGAUUUUCAAAGAAUUUCAAUCUACCUUGAGAAAUUGGGAGUAUUGGGAUGACAACAAAGACAAAGAUAAUACGACACUCUUACCAGAUGGCCGGAAAUCCCUCAAGAUUGUGGGGUUUAUCAAAAUCUUGAAAAAGGCAUCCCUCUCCGAAAUGGAAACGGACGAUGGACUUUCGGCGGCAUUCAAGGUAGCACUGCGAGAGUUUCAGGGACUGGCGGAGCACAGAUCCGAAGUACAGUGGGAUAUCAUUCAGAAGCUGUUGCUAAACACCGAGGGGCAAGAGGAAUUCCCAGACAAACAAGUCAUAUCACAGGACGAUUUGUACGAGGAAUUGUGCAGGUUGGCUCCCUUGCCAGAAUUGGAAUUGCUACUGCCUGAUGACGACGACGAGCAAGAUACCGAUGCCGUAGUGGUACAAGAGGAAGAAGAAGACGAGCAAGACGAGGACAAUGAAACAGAAACGUAUGCCGACGAAGAUCAUGAUAAUAUAGAUACUUCAAUCUACCUGGCAGAAGAUGACUUGAACAUGCACUAUCAAAUGUUGGAAGCCAUUCUGGAAAAACGAUCCGACAACAUUCGAGAUUAUUGGCAACUCAAAGGCAACGCAUCCAUUGAAGCGGCACUCACGGAGGCCAUUGCUAUUGUCAAACAAGACCUGGAAGAAACCAAAAUGUUCACCCGAGAAUCCAUUCGGGCUAUCAAAGACGAUCAAGCGUCCUUACUGGUGGCACAUGCUAAUACCAAUGACAAGGUAGAAGAACCAAAAGAGAAAGAGGAACUGGAGGACAGCAGUUUGGACACAAGUCAGUGCGAUUCGGCGGAGGAAGUCCAACAAGCUGUUUUGGUCUUGAUGAAAGCAGGGUUGGAUGCAAUUCACCGAAAGACAAAUAUACAAACUGCCAUCUUGGACAAGUACGCAAAGAUUGUGCCGGAAGCAAAAGACGUGCCAAUCUUCGAAAACGACGAACAGCUGGACGAGGUCCUACCAGAAAUGACGCCGCAAAUGCAAGUCAAUAUUCGAAAGAUUAUCGAUACACCGUUGCUGCGGCAUUCCAGCGUGGCGCUCGACUGGGUUCUAGAUUGGGUCCUCAUGUACACGGACAAACUGGAAAAGGAGAUUGACAAGCUGGCACUUCCAGCCAAUAUGGAAACAGCGUCAACGGGAGAACUACUCGUCGCUUAUCUGUUGCAAACCACGGGGAAACAGCCUCUCCCAAUACCUCCUGAAGUUCAUCAGGUGAUUGUGCAAUCAGAAAGAGGAAAGAAUUUCCUUUCGACAUAUUCAUGA